ACCAUUUCUACUCAGCGUAGCGCUAUUUCAGACGGAGAAUCUGAGCGAACGAAACAGCAUGACAUCGCCUUGGAUGCCUUAAAAGGCUGAUCUGACCUUCAAAUUGUCGCUAUCUCUGUUUCAUCGCUCCCUCCACGGUCUUUAGUACUAGCGAUGGCGCUCAAACCAGAUUUGGGACCGCACGAUUCCCUACUUCCUCCGCUGCCGGACAUCAAAGACGAUAACAUAAGGAUUCAGGUGUUUACCCACAGGAGCUUUUUUGCACGGCCUGUGCAUAUAUUUGAGGACCACCCAAAUGAUCUCAGCCCUGAUAAUGAAAAACUUGAACAUCUUGGAGAUACGGUCUUGGGGUUGGUGGUGACACGCCUGAUGCUGGACAUGUAUCCUGGGCUGCGGGUUGGUCCCUCGACGAAGAUACGCGCGCUAAUCGUUGGGAACGCCACCUUGGCGGAUAUGUAUGUGAUACCUUUGAUUUCUGACGCCUGCGAUGACGUCUGGCGUAGUUCGCUCAAGUACAAGCUGCCUGACAAACUUCGGUUGCAUCCUGCGCAGGCUCUGACCCUGCGCGCUUCGACGAACGUCCAAGCUGAUGUAUUCGAGUCCUUUGUUGGAGGUCUGUAUGUCGACCAGGGUCUGGAUUGCACCCAGCCUUGGCUGUCUGAGCUCUUCCGGCCGUACGUGGAGCUAGCGUACAACACCGUACGCAUGCAGCACGGCCUGCCUUCAGCAUGCGCCCCGCCUUCCCCCCCUCCGGCACACAAUCAAUUCCCGGCCCGCCAGCCCCUCGGGCAUACUGAUCUCAAUGUCACUGAGACGACUGUCGGUCAUCUCGGGCUGUUCAACCAGCACCUCCAGAAAGCCAACCAGCAAGUAGAGUGGAUCUAUUCCACCCAUAACCCCGAUUCAGAUGACGGGGAGGAGGUCGACACAGAGAUGUUGAAGGGAAUCAAGACCACGCCUGUGUGGUAUGUCAAGGUCGUUGUUGAUGGGGAGCACUUUGGGAAGGGCAAGGGGAACACGAAGAAGGCGGCGAGGAACGAGGCGGCCAAGGAGGGCUUGAAGAAGUUGGGUAUCAACGUUUAGUGAGUUGCCCUUUUGAUUUUGCAUAGUUUCUCCAGACUGGGGCUGGACAUCGUGGGCUAGCUGCAGUGUGAAGAGACUGUGGGUAGGGAGAUCGGUCAUACAUCCAAGUGGGUAUCUAGUACAACAUUGGAGGGAGUGGGGUAAAUGGGUUAUCGUUGCGAAGAAGUGGGUCAGAUGAUUGCCGUGGGGUA